AUGAAUUCGACCGCCAUCUGUUCAGACUGCCUCCGGGCGAUGCGCCAGUCUCUACGCCCCGGACCUGCACCAAACGCAUUCCGAACAUGCGUCCCCAAAUCCAGCGCCCGAGCCUUUUCAACGCAACCUUCCCGAUGGCUGCAGCAAAGCCAACAAGGCUCUUCCGUCAGGAGCACGCCCGUAAAGCCUCCACCGACGGCUUCAACAGUGCCGCCCUCCUCACCUCAACCAGACUCCUCUGGAAUGUCCACCUCACAAAUGCAAGCCACGAUCCGCUCCAGCCUGGCCCACUCCAGCCGCAUGCAGCGCUUCGCCCUCGCGCUUCGCCGCGCCGCACCCACCUCCAUGACCGAAACCUACGUCGUCUACGGCUACGCAGAAUCCUUCUUCAAGUCCUGCGGCGCGCAGGCGCCCUACACCAUCCCGGAGGAGCUGCGCACGCAGAUCUACAGCGGGCGAGGCCCGCCCAAGACCCCGCAGGGCGAGGACAUUGGCGUGCCGGACGAGAGCGGCAGCAAGAACCGCGGCAGCGUGUUUUGGCACGAGCAGUUGGGCAUGCUGCCUACGUUCAGCACGUGGAGUCAGGUCACGUACCUGCAUCUGUAUAUCAUCCUGGUGCAUCUGAGGACGCUGCCGGACUAUUCGUCGUUGCAGAUGCAUCAGCGGUAUCUAAUUGAGCAUUUCAGUCAGAAUGCGGAGGAUAAGAUGGUGUUGCUGCACACGAUUGAGGCGAGGGGGAUUCGGAACCGGUACCUGAAGGAUUUGUUCAUUCAAUGGAGAGGGUGUAUCGCAGCGUACGAUGAGGGCCUGGUCAAAGGCGAUGCGGUGUUGGGCUCAGCGAUCUGGCGCAAUUUGUUCAAGGGCGAGGAACAGGUCGACUGGGAGAAGGUGGCGGUCGUGGUGUCGUACAUGAGAAGAUGUAUAAACAUGUUGGGCCAGUAUAAAGAGUUGGCUGAAAUGAGGGAUGCGCUGGACGGACCGGACGGAGUGUGGGCAAAGGCCAAGGAAGGGCUCCUGACGGUGGUGGACAAGCCCAGUAAAGGGAUGAAAGAGCCCCUAUGA